AUGGCGCGUUUUUCCAUCAGCAUCUUCCUCGUGUUCCGGGCUCCAGUUCAGGUUACUGCAUUGCCUUUGGUGGCAUUGCUGAUGCCCGCUGUCUGCAAUGUCUAUCGAAGGUUUUGGAGAUGCUUAAAUGAUGAAAUGAUGUUUGUUGUGGUGUUGAAAACCAGGUGCAAACACCGAAAUGUUGCAAGUGGCCAGGUGUUAUCUGCUCUUCCUAGAACCUCUAGGCAAGUUCAAGUUCUUCAGAAUCUUACUACAACCUAUGAGGUCGUUCUCUGGCAGCCAGUGACAGCUGAAUUCAUUGAAAAGAAAAAAGAAGUCCAUUUUUUUGUGAACGCAUCGGAUGUCGACAGUGUUAAAGCCCAUUUAAACGUGAGCAGAAUCCCAUUUAGCGUCCUGAUGGAAGAUGUGGAGGCUCUAAUUCAGCAGCAGACGUCCAAUGACACCGUCAGCCCCCGGGCCUCCUCCUCAUACUACGAACAGUAUCACUCGUUAAAUGAAAUCUAUUCCUGGAUAGAUGUUGUAACCGAACGGUAUCCUGACAGGCUCCAAAAAAUCUACAUUGGCUCAUCAUAUGAAAAGUACCCACUUUAUGUGUUAAAGGUUUCAGGAGAGAAACAAACAGCUAAAAAUGCCAUAUGGAUCGACUGUGGAAUCCAUGCCAGAGAGUGGAUCUCACCUGCUUUCUGCUUGUGGUUCAUAGGCUACGUCACCCAGUUCUAUGGGAAAGAAAAGCUGUAUACCAAUCUCCUGAGGCACGUGGAUUUCUACGUCAUGCCAGUGAUGAACGUGGAUGGUUAUGACUACACAUGGAAAACGAACCGAAUGUGGAGAAAGAACCGUUCUGUCCACAAGAACAACCGAUGUGUGGGCACAGACCUAAACAGGAACUUCGCUUCCAAACACUGGUGUGAGGAAGGUGCAUCAAGUUUCUCCUGCUCUGAAACCUACUGUGGACUUUAUCCUGAGUCGGAGCCAGAAGUGAAGGCAGUGGCUGACUUCCUGAGGAGAAACAUCAACCACAUUAAAGCUUACAUCACCAUGCACUCAUACUCCCAACAGAUACUGUUUCCCUAUUCCUAUAACAGAAGCAAAAGCAGGGACCAUGAGGAACUGUCUCUCGUAGCCAGUGAAGCAGCGCAUGCGAUUGAAAUCAUUAAUAAAAACACCAAGUAUACAUAUGGCAGUGGCUCCGAAAGUCUAUACCUAGCUCCUGGAGGUUCUGAUGAUUGGAUCUACGAUUUGGGCAUCAAAUAUUCAUUUACGAUUGAACUUCGAGAUAAAGGCAGAUAUGGAUUCUUGCUGCCUGAGAGAUACAUCAAACCCACCUGUGCAGAAGCUCUGGCAGCAGUCUCCAAAAUAGCUUGGCAUGUUAUUAGGAACCUUUAAUGCCUGUGCCUCUGCUCCGGUGUUUUUAUUUUACUGAUUUCAGCAACACCAAAUUGUUGAACUGGCUUUUUUCUAAGUCUAAUCAGUUUCCUUGGUUUUGUCAAAGAAUAAAAUACAUAACACUUGGAGCUUAAGGGUGACAAAGGCUCGUGUGUAUUUUAACCUUUUUAUUGUAAGGGGCUAGGUAUUGAUCCCCACUCCCUCAUCCCUUGAUUUAGGAUGACCAGUUAUCUUAAGCAGUUUUAAGAUUUAUUAUUUGUAUGAGCGCGUGUGUGCCCCUGCGUGAGUUUAAGCACCUGGUUCUUGCUGGACCCCAAAGAAAGCGCUGGAUUCACUGGAAUUGAAGUUACUGAAGGUUAUUCGUAGCCACGUGGGUGCUGGGAACCAAAUCUGGUCUCUCCAAGAGCAGCAACCGCUCUUAACGGCUGGAGCUGUUUCUCCAGCCCCUCUUUAGCUACUUUAAUACUAAUUUUAUGCAAAUCAUUCGACCCAAAAAGCAAAAGCAAAGGCACUUUGAAGCAUCUUAAGGAUUUCCACUCCAAAAUUGCAGUCAGUCUCUGCUCGUGUUCCUGAAAGCACAAUGCGUACACAGCCUUUAGUCCAGCCAUAGGCCCAGGCGGGGGAAGGGCGGACGUCAAAUUCUGCAGCCCAGAAGCAUGCCAGGCUGUGGUCACUGCCAGUGACAAAGUGGCACUUUACGCACUGGAAAACCGUUAAAUCGAGAACCUUUCCAUUAAUUGAAAAA